AUGACAAGUAUUUGUAUUAUUUUAUUAAUAUAUAAACGUAAUCAAAUACAUUUUGGACCUUUAUUACAAGGUUUUCAAGCUCAUGGAACAAAAUCAUCAGAUGAAUAUCGAAAAUUAAUUGCACUUAUACGUGAAACUCAAACAACACAUUUAUUUCCAAAUUCAUUUAAAAGCAAAACAUUUCAUCAAAUACCUUAUUCGUCUUUCAAUCCACAUAUCAAUCCUUGUUCGAAAAGAUUUUAUUUACCUACAUGUCCUAUAUUACAUUAUACUGAAUUAACAUAUCAUAUUAAUAAUAAUUCUACAAGUCUGUUUCAUGAUAUAAAUACUUUUAAAACAAUUUGUAAACUUGAAUGGAAUUUACGUACAAAAUAUACAAAUUGUUCAUCAUCAAUAGAUGAUACAUGUUGCCAACAGAUAGGACCAGUUUCUCUUCUCUUUGAUGGUUAUUUAAAUUCCUUAGAACAAUGUGAAAAUUUAACAUUAAAUCAAUUAAAUGAAUAUUAUUUACAAUGGUCAACAUGUAAUACAUCUCAAUGUUCAAAUCAUCGUCUUCAUCAUUAUCUUAAACAUAUUGAAUCAUCUUUAACAUUUAAAAUCUAUAUUAAUAUCGAAAAUAAUACAAAUAAAAACAAACAACUUAUUUAUUUUUAUAAUAAUCUUCGUUAUUAUCAAUAUAAAAAUAAUUUCUCAUUAACACAUGUUAAUUUUGAUUUUAAUGAUGAACAAAUUCUUUUUAAAUAUCUUCUUCAAUCAAAUAGUAUAUUUAUAUAUUUAACAAUUAUUCUUUAUAUUCUAUGUCUUAUAUUAUUUGUUAAAAAUAUUUUCUUUAUAUUUAUUAUUUUAAUUCAUAUAUUUUUAACAAUUCUAUCAAGUUUUAUUAUAUAUAUUUAUAUAUUUCAUUUUCCAAUAACAAUACUUAAUUAUACAAGUAUAACAUUAUAUUUAUUUAUAAUAUUAAUUGAUUCAUUUCUUUGGUAUACAUGUUGGUUUGUUAAUAAUCAUAGACGAGAUGAUUGUACAAUAAAUCGUAUUAUUGAAAAUUUAUUAACACAAACAUUUUAUUAUUUAGUACCAAAAAAUCUUACGGCAAUAUGUGUACUUGUUAUUACAUAUACAAAUCAAAUAAUAGCAUUACAAUGUUUUACAGUAUUUGCUUUUUUACUUCUAUCAAUAUCAUUUUUUAUUUCAUUUACUCUUUAUCCUGUUACAUUUAUUAUUAUUCUUCGAUAUAAAUCAUUUAUUCCAUCAAUUGAACAUUUUUUAUAUCGUAUAUUAACAACUGCAGCAACAAAUUGUUGUAUUGAUCGUACAAUAUCUUAUCUUAUUAUACGAUUAAAAGCUUUUUGGUUAACUUUAUUAACUCUUAUUGCUUGUUUUGCAUUUGUUAUUAUAUUUCAAUGGCCAAAAUUACAAUUUAAUAUGUGUCGAAUAACAUUUGAUACAUUACCAUUAUAUGUCACAAAUGAAAAAUCUUUAAUAACAAGAAAAACAUUAGAUAUUGAUAUAACAUAUUAUAUCGGUUCACGUUGGGAAGUACCAAGUGAAUCAAUGAUACCGUUUCGAGAUAUUCCUAUACUUUAUUAUAAUAGUGAAAAUCAAAUGUUAUUAGGACCAGGUACACCUCGUACAUUUCAAUAUGCAUUAGAAAAAAAUCUAACACAAUUAAUGGGUUUUUGUUCACAAUUACGAUCAUUUCAACAGGAACAAAAUUUUGAAUAUAAAACCAACGAAAAACCGUUACCUUACAAACAUUAUCAUCGACAUAUUACUCGUCAAUUAUCAAAUAAUGAUACAUCUCAUGAAUUCGCAAAAAUGUCUAAUUUUCCAUUAACAAUCAAUAAUAUUCAUUGUUUCGGUGAUUUAUCUCCAUCAUCUACAAUAUUAUCAUCCUCAUCAAAUACAAAAUUUUCUUCCAUUAUAUCUAAUCAUUAUAAUCAAUCGUUAGAUUGUACUCAUAUAUGUUCAUUAAAUCAAACAUCUAAUUCCUAUGAAUGUAUUUUAUGUCUUAAUUCUUUAUAUUAUAAUUCUAAUCCAUCGGAUGAUUUAUUUUUAAUUAAAAAUGGUUUACGUUUUAUAAGUGAUUCACAAAAUCCUCGAUAUUUAUUACAAACAAUAAAUUAUAAAUGGAAUAUAUUAACUGAUAUAAAUAAUUAUCUUGAAUGGAAAUUAUUGAAUGAGAAUUUAAAAACAAAUCCAAUUGGAAAAUUUUAUACAAAAAUAUUUUCUUUCAUGUCAUUUUGGUGGUCAAGUGAAUUAUUUUCAACUUAUACAAUUAUGGAACAAUUAGAACAAGAAAAAUAUGUUUUAACAGGAAUUAAAUUUGCAAUUAUACUAAUUUUUUUAGUAUUAUUUACAGGUGUCCUAGGGAUAUUUGUUACAUUAACAGCAUUAUGUAAUUUUCUUACUUGUAUUGCAAUAUUUACAUUAUUUAAUUAUAAAUUAACUGUAGAAAAUAUGGCAUAUUUUACAGUUGGACUUAUUAUUUGUACACAAUAUUCAGUACUCUAUUCGAUUAGUUAUAAAUUAGCACCCACAUUUUUUUUUCAACGUGAAAAUCGAACAAUCUAUUCACUUAAACAAUUAUGCACAACUUUAUUCCAUUUAACACUUUCAAUAUUUGUUAUAUGUACUCCUUGUUUAUUUUCUUCAUUACCUUAUCUAUCAAAAUCUGCAAUAAUCUAUACAAUAACAUCAUUGAUAAGUCUUAUUUAUUCAACAUUUUUUCUUCAAUCACUUCUUUGUUAUCUUGGACCAUCUGGUCAUACAUGUUUUUUUAUUCCAUGGCGUUUAAAAUUUUCUCGUCAUUUAACAUUACAAAUAAAUAAUGGAAAUGAUUUAUUUUUAAGAAAAUCAUCAACAAAUUCAAGACGACAUCAACGUAUGUCAACAUCAUCCUAUUUUGCAUCAUCUUAUUUUUCACAAAUAUUUACCGGUUCAACUUAUUUUGAAAGUGAAUAUGGAGGAAUAAAUGAUACAUUAACAAUUGGCUCAAGACGACGUGAAAGUUCACGAAGUCAUCAAUUAUCACAUAUAAUUAAACGUAAUUCAUUAUUAACAGGUGAACUUAUUGAAUUAUAUACACCACGUGCUAGUCUUGCACCAUAUGGACAUCAUUUACAUCAUCAUCGAUAUUCAAGACAAUCAUCUGUACCACGUGGUGUACCAACAACAGGACUUGCACGACCCUUAUAUGUAUCACCAUCUAUAUCACCUUAUUCACAAUUAAGUAUACAUUCACAAGCUACAGGUCGACAACGUUCACCUUCACCACAUAUAUUUCGUCCAUCACGAUCACCAUCACCACAUUCAUUAGCACAACAAUCAUCACCAACAACACCAACAACAAGUUCACUUCGUCCAUGUUAUUCAGCUCCUCGUCUUCAUGCACCUCAUCAUCGUGUGCCAACAAAUAAUCUCAAACAAACUGAUACAUUAAUUGAAGAAAAAACUCCAACAUUAUCUCUUCAACUUCGUAA